AUGAGCACUCAUAAUUUAGAAGACAUGGGCUGUGGCACUUCGUCUGUGAAAGACACGAGAUCUGAGCAAGUGCUCAAAGCUGCAGUGGUCAUCCAGAACUGGUACCGGGGCUACAGCACUCGACUGAAGGCCAGACAGCGCUAUGCCCUCACCAUCUUCCAGUCCAUCGAAUACGCCGAUGAACAAGGCCAAUUGCAGCUAUCCAACUUCUUUUCCUUCAUGUUGGAAAACUACGCACAUAUACAUGAGAAAGAUCCAGAAAUAGUUGCUCGACUUUUCGGUAGCACCCUCCAGGACUACAAGGAUAGACAGGACUAUGUCGCAUUUGUAGACGUCCCAAACUCCUAUAACGGUCCUCGACUGCAGUUUCCUCUCACCUUUACUGAUAUUGACUUACUUGUUGACGCCUUCAAGCAACAACAGAUACUUCAUGCUCGUUACGUCUUAGAGGUGCUAUUUGAAACCAAGAAAGUCCUGAAGCAAAUGCCGAACUUCACUCACGUAAAAACCUCUCCUUCCAAAGAGAUAACAAUCUGCGGUGAUUUGCAUGGGAAACUGGAUGACCUUCUUUUGAUCUUCUAUAAGAAUGGUCUCCCCUCAGGGAGCAACUCAUAUAUUUUUAAUGGGGAUUUUGUAGAUCGAGGAAGAAAUUCCAUAGAGAUCCUAAUGAUCCUGUUUGUGAGUUUUCUUGUCUACCCCAAUGACCUGCACUUGAACAGAGGGAACCAUGAAGAUUUUAUGAUGAAUCUGAGGUAUGGCUUCACAAAAGAAAUUUUGUGUAAAUAUAAGAUACAUGGGAAACAAAUCUUACAAAUCUUAGAGGACGUCUAUACCUGGCUCCCAAUUGGUACCAUCAUUGACAAUGAAAUCCUGGUCAUACAUGGUGGGAUAUCAGAGUCCACAGACUUGAAUUUACUCCACCGUGUAGAAAGACACAAAAUGAAAUCUGUGCUGAUGCCACCAACCCCCUUAGAUGGAGACCCUGACACCAACGUGAAGAAAAAGAAAUUCAACACCACUAUUUUACCUCGGGAAGUCAAAACGAGUGCAUCCCAUUCUGAACAGUUAACAAAGCAUGAAUGGGAACAGGUCAUCGAUAUUCUGUGGAGUGAUCCCAGAGGCAAAAGAGGCUGUUACCCGAACACAAGUCGAGGAGGGGGCUGCUAUUUUGGACCAGAUAUCACCUCCAAGGUUCUUAAUAGAUACCAGCUGAAGAUGCUCAUCAGGUCUCAUGAAUGUAAGCCCGAAGGGUAUGAAAUCUGCCACGAUGGGAAGGUCAUUACUAUAUUUUCUGCUUCUAAUUAUUAUGAAGAAGGCAGCAAUCGAGGCGCUUACAUCAAACUGUCUUCUGGUAUGGCCCCUCGAUUCUUCCAGUACCAAGUAACUAGGACAACGUGCUUGAGGCCUCUUUACCAAAGGGUGAACGCUAUUGAAAGUAGUGCCAUCAGGAUAUUAAGAGAGAGAAUAAUUGCACGAAAAACUGACCUCAUUCAUGCUUUCCAACUUCAAGACCGCAGUAAAUCAGGAAAACUUUCUAUGAGCCAGUGGGCUUUUUCCAUGGAGAACACUUUGGGGCUGAACUUACCAUGGAGAUCCCUGAGUUCACGUCUGGUCACCACAGACACCAAUGGAGAUGUUAACUACAUGUCCAGCUUCCAGGAUAUCCACAUUCAGAAACCUGUGAAAGAGGCUCAAUCUACUCUAAUUGAAACUCUGUACAGAUACCGAUCUGACCUGCAAAUCAUCUUUAAUGUCAUUGAUUCUGAUCACUCAGGCCUGAUUUCCGUGGAAGAAUUUCGUUCCAUGUGGAAACUCUUCAAUAGUCACUACAACAUUCAAAUUGAUGAUUUUCAAAUUGAUGAGCUCGCUGAAAGAAUGGACUUAAACAAAGAUGGAAGCAUUGACUUUAAUGAGUUCCUAAAGGCUUUCCAUGUAGUGCAUAAAUUGGAUAAGUUGAACAAAUCAGGUAGCAGCCUUGCUUAA